AUGGCACGGCCGGUUAAGAGGCAAGCAGCAGGAGCAGUAGCGGAUGAGAUUGAUGAGAAACACCUUUUGGCUUUCAUUGUGAAGGACAAAUAUGAUAAUAAGGAUGAAUGCAAAAAAAGGCUCAAGGAAUAUUGCGAUGAUUUGGAGAAAAUAGAUGGGAAACUAGAGAAUGUGGAUGAUAAAGUUAAAGGACUUUGUGAAGGGAAAGAGAAAAAAUGCGAAGAACUGAAAGACAAAGUUAAAAAUGAACUUGAAGCAUUGUCAGAUGACAUACAAGAUGAUGAAUGUGAAAAAUAUGAAGAAAAAUGUAUACUUUUAGAGGAAGCAGACCCAACUAAUCUUAAGAAUGACUGUGUCCAGUUGAGGGAAGGAUGUUACAAAUUGAAGCGUGAAAAGGUGGCAGAGGAGCUUCUUUUGAGGGCGCUCGGAGGAAAAGCUAAAGUAGUGAAUGAAUGUCAAGAAGAAAUGAAAAAGGUUUGCCCAGUGUUAAGCCGAGAAAGCGACGAGCUGAUGUUUUUCUGCCUUGAUUCUGCUAAAACAUGUGGAGAUAUGAAAACAAAAUUGGAAGAAAAUUGCAAGCCUUUAAAAGAAAAGCUUAAAGAUAACGAAUUAGAGGGAAAGUGUCAUGAAAGACUUGAGAAAUGUCAUUUUUACGGAGAAGCGUGUGCUGAUGCGAAAUGUAAGGAGGAUAAGACGAAAUGCGAGGGAAAAGGAUUCACAUAUAAAACGCCAGAAUCCGAUUUUAGUCCGGUGAAACCGAAGGCGUCGUUGUUGAGAAGUAUUGGGUUGGAUGAUGUGUAUAAAAACGCAGAAAAAGAUGGAAUUAUUAUUGGAAAAGCAGGAGUGGAUCUACCAAGGAAGUCGGGUACAAAAUUUCUGCAAGAUCUCUUGCUAGUGUUGAGCAGAGAUGAGAAUGAUAAGAAUACAGAUAAAAAGUGCAAAAAAGCGUUAGAAAAAUGUGGUGCUUCUGAGUAUUUGGAUGCUGAUUUGAAAAAGUUAUGCAAAGAUGGUGAUAAACAAGAGAAAUGCAAAGCAUUACUAGAUGUAAAUGUAAAAGAAAGAUGUACAAAUCUCAAAUUAAAACUUUAUCUCAAAGGGUUGUCUACAAAAUAUAAUAAUGAAAAAUCAGAUCCUUUAUUCUGGAGAGAACUGCCAACAUUAUUUACGAAGGGAGAGUGUGCAGAACUUGAGUCGGAAUGUUUCUAUUUAGAAAAUGCGUGUAAAGAUAAUGAGAUUGGUGAAGCGUGUCAAAAUGCAAGAGCAGCGUGCUAUAAAAAGGGACAAGACAGGAUGUUGAAUAAGUUCUUUCAAAAGGAAUUGAAGGGAAAGCUUGGUCUUGUAAGAUUUUAUAGCGAUCCUGAAGAAUGCAAAAAAUCUGUGGUAAAAAACUGUACAAAACUUGAUAAAAAAUAUCUUCCACGAUGUCUUUAUCCUAAAGAACUAUGUUAUGGGCUUUCAAAUGAUAUUUUUCUUCAAUCCAAAGAGUUAAGUGUGCUUUUGGAUGAUCAAAGGGAUUUUCCAUUAGAAAAGGAUUGUCUUGAAUUGAAGGAGAAGUGUGAUGAACUUGGUAGUGAUUCAUUAUUGAAUUUAGAAAAGUGUAUAACAUUGAAAAGACGCUGUGAAUACUUUAAGGUUACAGAGGGAUUUAGAAAAGUAUUUUUAGAAAAAAAGGAUGAUUCGUUAAUGACUCAGGGAAACUGUACAAAGGCAUUGCAUGAGAAAUGCCAUCAAUUAUAUAGGAGGAGAAAGAAUUCAUUUAGUGUUUCAUGUGCUUUACCAGAAGAAACAUGUAGUUAUAUGGUAUUCCAUACAAGUCAAGAUUGUAGUAGUUUAAAAGUCAACAUCAAGAAUGAAAAAAUCCUAGAAGAAAUUGAAAAAGCAAAUAAAAAUGAAACAGCACUUGAAGAACUCUGCACAACAUGGGGCCGACAUUGUCACCAACUUGUGAAGAAUUGUCCGGAUCAAUUGAAAGAAAAUAACAAUGAUCAAAACUGUGAAAAACUCGAUGAAAAAUGCAGGGAUACUUUUGAAAAGUUGAAAGCGAAGGAUGAUUUGACUCAUCUGUUGAAAGGAAAUUUAAAUAAUGAAGAAAAAUGUAAAGAAGCAUUAGGAAAGAAUUGCACUGAGUUGAAAAAGAAUCAACCAUUCAAAAUUCUGCUUAGUGAUUGUGAAAAAGAUAAGCAAAAUGUUUGCAAAGAAUUAGUUGAAAAACUAAAAAAGAGAUGUCCUACUUUAAAAGCCGGUCUGGAGAAUGCGAAAAAAGAGUUGACAGAGAAGAAAAAAGAAUACGAUGAGCUCAAACAGGUAGCAAAAGAAUCUACGGAGAAAGCUAAGUUAUUACUAUCGAAGCCUCGACAAACUGUAACUCCAAAUGCGCAGAAUGGCAGUGAUUCUGGAUCAGCACCACCAGCACCACCAGGGCCACCACCAGCACAGCCACCAUCAACUGACGGAACGGCAAACACGUCAGGCACAACAGGUGAGACGAAGAAUCCAAGCCUUGGACUCGUUAAAAGAGAAUAUGUAGCUGAAGGAGUAUCAGAAGUAGAAGUAAAAGCAUUUGAUGCAACGACGAUAGCAUUGGAAUUGUAUUUGGAAUUGAAAGAAGAAUGUAAAGCUUUAGAAUUAGAUUGCGGUUUUAAAGAGGAUUGUGAGGAAUCUAAAAAAGUUUGCGGAGAAAUAGACGAUUUAUGUAAACUGGAACCAUUAGAAAUUAAGCCUCAUCAUACAGAGAAAAUAACAGAAACAAAGACGGAAACGAAGACGGAAACAAAGACGGAAACAAAGACUGAUGGCAAGGCUGAUGAAAAGACCGUUGAGAAGACUGUUACAGAAACCAAGUCAGUAGGUGGAGGAAAAGUAACAGAAGAGUGUACAAUGAUACAAACAACAGAUACAUGGGUGACGAGUACGUCAUUGCAUACGAGUACGACAACGAGUACGUCAACGGUGACGUCGACAGUGACGUUGACUUCGAUGCGCAAGUGCAAGCCUACCAAAUGUACCACCGAUUCAAGCAAAGAGACACAGAAAGAAGAAGAUGAUGAAGAAGUGAAACCGAAUGAGGGAAUGAAAAUAAGAGUUCCUGAUAUGAUUAAAAUAAUGUUGUUGGGAGUGAUUGUUAUGGGGAUGAUGUAAAUGAAUGAAAAAAAUGUUAAUAGAUUGAAAAUGUGCAUAUAUCCAUUGU